CGCGCGCGCACGCACGCACGUUGCACAAGAUGCGCGACUCCAGUGAGAUUGUGCUGUGAGCUCACACAAUCGACCGCGCGCGGUGACUGCAUGCUUUAAUGCUGUGCACAAGCAGCCUAAUCCUAUCCGGUCCUAUACAUGUGCGAACUGUAUGUGAGAGAUCUACAUAAAACAUAGCUACUGCGCGUUUUUGUUUGUGUGUGUGUGUGUUUAUAAAUCAUCAAAAAGCACGCAGCUUUAGAUUGCAUGCAUCGGAGCGGAAUUCUCACAAGAGAAGCACGAGAGCGUCAGUGAGAGAUUAUGACAAUACAGCGGACGUAGGUGACCAGUAACCUCUGCCUAGCCCCAGAUGCCUCCCCUCCCUCUCGACGAGCGCAUAGUGGUAAUUCAGCGGCCUAAAAGCCUGGGCUUGUGCGUGACCUCUCCACCAGCCACAUCUCAGUCUUCCUCGCGCCUUAACACCCGCCACGAGCCCCCGCCCCGCUUGCAACACUCCCAACUUCCACCAUCCCAUCCCCAUCCACUUGCUAACUCUUUGUCCCUGGAAUGCAGGCACAGGCAUUUACCCCAUGGGCAAAGAGCCAAGGGCGAGAGAGGUGGCAGUACAGAGGACAGCAGCCGGAUCCCUAGUCACUGUCACAGCAAUGGGACUGUGACUCUCGGUCCCAGACCUUACACGCACACUCAUACCAUCGACAUUAAAGUAUCGGUGGACAAAGGAGGGACGCAUUCCGACAAAAGGUGCAGCAGCAGCUUGACUCGAGGUGAAAGCAGCAGAGAGAGCAGAGCCCAGAGGGUGGCUUCACACUUAGCUACAGGGCAAAGUGACAGAAAAUUCAGAGGAAAGUCUACAGACACCACUGAGAGGCACCAGAUCAAAGCGCAGUAUAAUAACCUCUAUCAGAACAACCUCACGGUGUCACCUGGUGGGGUGUUAGAAUUUGUUCCAGCCCAAAGACAACAAUCUAAAUCUAGGUGGGCAAAAGAGGAAGAGCUGUUAUCAAAUCCACGUUUUACAACUGCCAACUACAGGGACGUGCCUUCUGUUGGUAACAAAGAAAACUCCAAACUGGGAACUGUCCAUCAGCCUCCCAAGCCCCACGGUCUAUCCCAUCACCAUAGCUCUACCCCAUCAGCCCAUGCCUCCAUCCUAAACACCCACUAUCAGGUGACCCCAAACUCUGUCCCCUUCUGGGCCCCAUCUUCUUUCCCACACGUCAGUCAAGCCCGGUCCUCACGCAUAAGAGAUACGCACCCUCAGAUCCUCCACAGCUUGCCACUAUCUCCAACUUCUUCUUGUGAAGGCUUCCCUAGCCCAGAUCACACUUGCACUAUUGACUUUUCUCGUCCAUUCAACUGUGACUGUUGGAGGCUGGUGUGCUGUAGAGGAGGGAGGACCCACUCAACUGGCUGCAAAGGGGGUACUGGAAGCCCAUCAUCUUCAUUUUCCCGAGGCCAAAGAGCAAGUUCAAACAACGUAGGUGACGGUGCCAUGGGAUUGAAGAAAUUAGGAGGGUGUCUUUCCACAGCUUCAACCACAAACACCUCUUCAUCCAACAGCACUGUCUCAGAGUGCCAGACAGGGCUUCUCAGGCCGCUGGGCUGUGCAUCCUGUUCAGGGGAAGGUGGCGGGUUUGAGAGUCCUGCCGCCUUUCGCAAAAAAUUGGUUGGCGGUUGUCUACCCUGUGCCCCGUUCUCCCCGUCUGCUCCUUUGCGUGCGCUACAAAGUUGUGUCAGUGGCUGCAACCCCAAAUCAAGCCAGGCUGGUAGCUCUACUUGUAGCUACUGCAGUAGUGAUCCUAUAGUAGUGACUUUUAACCCUCACAGAGGGAAGCCUCCUGGCUUCUCCCACAAUGCUGGGGUUCAUACCAUGGGAGGGCACCAACACGAUGAUGACGAUUACAGCGUUCGCACAAUUUGGCCUGAUGAGCUUGCAAAAAAGAUGACUCACUCUAAAACCCAACCUAACCAUCGUUCCGUGGGGAUGAGGAUGGGAACGGGAAACUCCUACAUGGGCCAUGACCAGAGUACCAAUAAUGGAACCAGUCCAGUCAUUCUAGACUGCCGCAAUCUUCUAGAGUAUACCCGUUCUCAACUGACCGACCAUGCAGGACGACGGCGACUCCAGCAGGGCAAGAUGGCAGUUUUGGACUUCAUGGGGUCAGGAAACAAGAGGGACCCAGGUCAAGACUCUCUGAAAAGGCUCUUCAACAAGGAAGGUGAUGUUGGAAUGGGAAAUGAUGAUGGGCUAGAUGAUAUGUUUUCAAGCUCCCCUUCCCAUCGCUCUCUCACUCCUGAGUCUUCACCCUCCUUCUCCCCUCCACCAUCAGCCCCUGGCACCCUGAUCAAGCCCAAAUCAAGAGGAAGAGAUUGGGAGGGUGGGCACUCCUUACCAUCUGCUCAGUCACUCCAUUUGGUCCUUAACUCAUUCAAUAGAGAGCAAGAAGAGGAGAAAAGGAGAGUGCACCUCUCCCUUCCGCUCUCAUCCUCCCUCCCUGCGUCUCUGUCGGAUGAGAGUGUAAUGACUCCAGAUGUGGAGAACGCCGUGAUAAGCCCCAUUCUACCUUUCCUUUUCUUGGGGAACGAAAGAGAUGCUCAGGACCUGGACCUGCUGCUACGACUGAACAUCAGUUAUGUGGUCAAUGUCACCACCCAUCUGCCCCUCUAUCACCUGGACACAGGCCUGGUACGCUACAAGCGCCUACCUGCUACUGACAACAGCAAGCAGAAUCUCAGACAAUAUUUUGAGGAGGUCUUUGAGUUUAUAGAGGAGGCUCACCAGAAUGGCCGAGGCGUGUUGAUUCACUGCCAAGCAGGCGUGUCCCGUUCGGCGACCAUCGUCAUCGCUUACUUGAUGAAGCACACCCUCAUGACCAUGACCGACGCUUAUAAAUACGUGCGGAGCCGCAGACCGGUGGUGUCUCCCAACCUCAAUUUCAUGGGCCAGCUGCUGGAAUUUGAGCGAGAUCUCAACUCUGGUGUUACACCUCGAAUCCUAACCCCUAAGCUGAGUGGCCUGGAAACACAAGUCUAAAAGUCUUUUUUUUUUUUUAAAGGGAAGGAGGUCAACAAAGAUCAUGCUUACUGUGGACUUUUAAGAAAAAAGGUUGAAUAAAAAGAAUCUGGAGGAAAUCUGCAGUAGGAUAUACUAAGGAAAUAUUUGAGGAAAUGAUGUACUUCCACUCUUUCGAGUAUUUAUAUUGCAUAAUUAUAGCACUUAAACAGAAGUAGGCAAAUUGAGUGUUUGUAUAAUCAACCUCACAGUGAUACUGUGCUCAUAAUAACGUGCCAAGUUUUUAUAAUGUUAAAUACUCCAUAGUAACACAUUAUAACUAUUAUUGUAUUCUACGUGUUAUCAACCUGCCCUCAUUGACGUAACCGGUGUAUAAAACAAAUGAAGGCAGGGAGAAAAUGCAAUGCAAGGGCAAAAAACAAAAAAAUGUACUGUCAAGCACAGAAAAAGACACAACGUGAUGAAUUUCAUUUCUCAGACCCAAAAACUGUAGCAAAUUUCUCACGCCUUCUCCACUGUGCACAGAACUUUUCUAGACGUUAUUAUCCAGUAGAGAGUUCCAUGCACUUAUUUUCGUAUCCCGGUUAACGCCAAGUUAGCUGCUGACAAAUAUUACCGCACAUGAAGGUUUUUUUUUUUAAUUUUUUGUCAUUCGAGUCAUCUGCCACUUGUGUUACUAAAAGAAAACCUCUGUGUGGGACAUGUGCAAUAGAAAUGUAAAUGUAACAGUGGAGGGGAAUUGAAUUAUUUCAGCUUGGACACGUCCAUAAAUGGAUAUUUUCGACGGAAAUUGAGAUAUUAGCUGCGGCAUAUUUUUUUGGGGUUUUUUUUUUUUCCACGCACACAAAGAGAGAGAACAAACAGAGAGAUCGAGAGAGAGAGUCACAAUACUGUGCUUUUAAUACAAGGUGGACUGAAAAACACUAAUGGAUCCUGUUAGAUCAUUUCUUUUCUUUUCUAAUUCCAUUGAUGAACUAUUAUCUAUUUUUUAAAUCUCUGCAAGCAUGAGGGUGCAAGUAUAGACUUUAUUUUUCUAAGCACUUUGUAUAGAUUAGUUUUUAAUGUGCUAUGGUACUAAAUCGAACGGCGUGAUGUGAGCGAAGCGGGACGGGAACGGUCAGGCGAGACGAGGGAAACGGUCCGUCGUUGUAGUCUAAAGUAAACAGACAACAGUUUCCUUCAUUUUACCAGGCUGCUUGUCACUCGGAAUCUACAUUCCCAUGGCUUGCUUGGAUGCUUGAGUUUUAUUUUAUUUUCCCUGUAGGCUCUUUCACUGUAAACUGUAAAGCGGUAGUUUUCCACUUCUAGAUGACUGGUAAUUAAUGGAAAUGGUAUUAGCUUAUCUACCAGGAAGAGCAAUGUGAAUUAAUGAUAGUUAGUAUAGUCUUCUCAGCUGUUUUGAAAGGUCUUUAAAAGGCAACAACUUGAUAUUAUUUGUGCUUAAUCCAGCCCUCUAGCGACCGAUCCUUUACUGCUAUUUAAAUCGACUUAUUUGCUUAUUUAUAUUCUGAUGCCAUUCAUUUUCAUAGCAUGAAUAAGUCAGGAGGCAAACCAUCAAUCAGCCUUUGAUGAUUAGCUAUGGAUAACGUCCACCAGUUUAAUUCUUCCUUCUUUACUUUUUUUUGUUUGUUUCUUUUUACCCUCUCUGAUCCACUGUUUACAUUCUCUCCUUAGUUUCUAGAUUUUGAACAGUGCUCUUAUGAUACUAUGCACCAUUCUAACUUUUCAAAUAUGGGAGAGUAAUCUGUGAAAAAGACCAGGCUUUGUUCAGUUCACUGUGAUAAGCUUUCUUCUUCCUGAAUAUUGUCUAGUUUUCAGCCUUAGUCCUUGAAGUCCUCCCAUCAUCUGUCUUGGCGUGGUGGGGUGGGGUGGGGUGUAGUUUGUCUGCUGUCUUUGAGCUUUUAUCUGCCUGGCUGAAGCAAAGCGCUUUCACCCUCCACUGGCGCGUCACGGUUCAGCCACUCUCCCCAGCAAUUUCCAUUUUGCAUUCCAGUGCAAAUCAGCUGGGCCGGGAUGCGGAACCACUAAAUAUCCAAGCAAAAAAAACAAAAACAAUGUGAAGUGUACACUGUGUGUGUGUGUGUUUAUAUAUGUACGCCUCAAAAUGUUUGAUUCUCACAAGCUAAGCGAAAUGACAACGCUUUUGUUUAACAGCUUAACGCUUCUUCAUUUGGUACUCCAGUACUGAAUGCGUUUAGAGAAAGUGCUCUGUGAGAUCAGACCAAUCUCAGUUUAGACACGGAUGCUGCUGACAAACUCACAACAAAAAGUAUUUAAACUUGAAUAUUUGUACUUUGGAUAACAGUUCUGAGACACCUGUAUUGAUUUGAUUUCUGGGCAUAUUCCUUUUAAGCGCUUGUUGCUUUAUUGUACAGUAACUAAUUUUACAUUUGAUCUAUUUUUACAUCCACAUACAUACUGCAAGUGGUUCCUCCUUCCUUGGGAUAAAUACACACAUGCCAGGAUGCCAUAUAGUGACCUUAGUAUUAAUGCGUAAUAUUCUCCCGUUCGUGGUAAUGCUACGGUCAAGAGAGGAAACAUUGACAUUGUGAUAACUUGAAACUGUUCAGAUUUACUCAUAUGCUGUCCUCAGUGUCUGUUAGAGACAUGGGGAGAAAUUACAUGGAAAAUGCUUCCUUAUGUUUUUAAUUGAAACCCUGUGCAUUCAUUGACACCUCAUAGCUCCAGGGUCCUGAGCUAGUAAGCAUAGGGUUACUGUCUCUACCACAUGGGUUUCCUUUCGAUUCCUGGGUUUCCUUCCACCUCGCCAAAACUGGAAGGUAUAACGAUUCCCCUAGGUGUGAAUAUGUAGUGAUGGACUGGUGUCGCAUCCAGGGUGUAUUCCUACUGUUCCUGGGAUAAAUGCCUCCAUUACUGAUCAUGUGGACGAAUAAACUAUGGGGGGGGUGGGGGGGGGCAAAAAGCAGUGUUCAUAAAGGAACCAUUUGAAGUGUACUUUUUUAUUUAUUGUGUGUUAAAGAUGUGGGGAACAAGGAACAGCCAAAUGUAAAUCUUAUGUGUAUGAUUUCCUUGUAAGUCGAGUUUAUUUCUGUGAGUUUAUAUCGAUUUGUGUUAUGCUCUUUUCUCUCUCCUUUUUAUUCCCCACAAUAUUGUGCUAAGCAUUUUUUAAAAAAAAUUGAACUGGCAAUUUUUGAAGGGGGAAAAAAGGCACCCUGGAGGAUGGAUUGUGUUAAUGGCUGUCCCAUUUUAUUGGUGUCUUACCUUCCCUGCCUCGCUGGAUGGAGUAAUGUUAGUCCACCUAACCUGACAAGAGUGUUGUACUUCAUUGCUGUUCAUCUUUAUACUUUAUGUGUAAACUUUCUGCUAAAUAAUGGUUCUCACGAGACGACGUUCUAUUUUCCUAUGUCGGCGAUGUUUUGGUUUCGAUUUCGGUGCAAUUUUUUUCCCGGUGACUCUUUUGAUAGAGAGGUAUACAAGUGCUCGUGGAUGAGUGGAAUAAUCUUGAAUGCAUGGUGUGCUUUUUCUACAUUGCCUCUCCAUCUCUUCCAGUGACUAUGCUACACUAUAUAGUGUGCGGAUGGAUGGUGUGGUGUAGUAUUCAUUUGAUUUUAUCAUCGUGAAUUUAUAGGAAGGACUUUCUUUCUUUCUUUCUUUCUUUCUUUUUUUUUUACUCAAACCUACUGUGACUAAGAGACUGAUCAUGUUCUAAAGAAACAAUGACAAGCAGUCAUGGAAAACUGAUUAUCACUCGUAAGGACUUUGUGGAUGAUUUACCUCUUUAAGAAAGAGCUGAGAACAGUGUACAUUACCACAAAACUGUCCACCUUUAUGAUGUAUUCAGAAUCUCUGGAAAACUAAAAUGGUUUGCUGAAAUACAUUUUUUACAGUAAAUCAUCGAUAGGUUGUGUCUGGAUUUCUUUGCCGGAGUGGUUGACUAUAAGUAAAAUGAGGAGCCAUGGACAUCACAUAAAAAUUGUUUUCAUUUGAAUAAAAUAAAUAUUACAAAUUGGUUGAUCAUGUAAAGGUAAAAAGACAACAUAAAAGUACCUAUUUUUAAUCUUUUACCUUCAUCAGAAAGACUAGCCUCUAUACAUUUCUACAUGUAAUCCUUUAGAUUAUCUGAAAUCUAACUCUAUAAGCUGGGGUGGAUAUAGGAGCAGGGAGUGAAAGGGCAGAUAACAUGUCUUCUUGACAGUGUCAAACUGACAGUGGAAGUACAUUUUACUUCCAGACACUUAUUUAUAAUUAUAACUUAUUUAUAAUUUAUUUAGACAGCUAAGGGCCCAUGGGUGGCAACUUGAUACUCCAGGAUUUAAACUCAUAACCUUCUGAGUAGUAGCCCAACAUCUUAAUCACUGAGCUACCACUUUCAGGAAGACAAAGUAAGUCCAAAAGGAUUUCAAAGUAGUCAAUAAAAUGUUUUUAAUCUGACGAUCUCCUGGUUGUCCAUUGCUGUGGCUCGGGUUCGAUUCCCAGGCAAGGAGCUAACCCAGCCACUCUCAGUGCCAGUGCCAAGCCUGGAUGAAAUAGGAGGGUUGUGUGAGAAAGGGCAUCUGGCAUAAAACCUGUGCCAAAUUAAAUAACAUGCAAACCAAAUGAUCUACUGUGGUGACCCCAAACAGGGAGCAGCCAAAACAACAACAACAACAACAUAAGGUCUAAAACACACUACAUUGCCAAAAGUUUUGGGACACCCCUCCAAAUCAUUGAAUUCAGGUGUUGUUUUGGGCUCGGCCCCUUAUUUCCAGUGAAAGGAACUCUUAAUGCUUCAGCAUACCAAGACAUUUUGGACAAUUCCAUGCUCCCAACUUUGUGGGAACAGUUUGGGGAUGACCCCUUCCUGUUCCAACAUGACUGUACACCAGAGUGAGUUUGGUGUGGAGGAACUUUAAAGAGUCCUGACUUCAACCUGACAGAACACCUACGGGAUGAAUUAGAGCGGAGACUGUGAGCCAGACCUUCUUGUUCAACAUCAGUGCCUGACCUCACAAAUGCACUUCUAGAGGAACGGUCAAAAAUUCCCAUAAACACACUCCUAAACCUUGUGGAAAGCCUUCUCAGAAGAGUUGAAGCUGUUAUAGCUGCAAAGGGCGGGACAACUCCAUAUUACAUUCAUGUGCAUGUAAAGACAGAUGUCCCAGUUUUGGUCUGACUCACAGUCUCCACUUUAAUUCAUCCCAAAGGUGUUCUAUGGGGUUGAGGUCAGGACUACGUGCAGGCCAGUCAAGUUCCUCCACACCAUCUAUGUCUUUAUGGACCUUGCUUUGUGCACUGGUGUGUAGUCAUGUUGGAACAGGAAGGUUCAAAACUGUUCCCCAAACACCUGAAUUCAAUGAUUUGGAGGGGCGUCCCAAAAUUUUUGGCAAUAUAGUGUGUAUGGACCCCUUGACUGUCACACCCCUAGGUGCCCACCUUACAAAACAAUGUAUGGAGAAGAACCACAUACUUUUGCCCAUAUAAUGUAGAUCACAGCACAACAGUUGAGAGUUCUUUCUGUAGUGAUGAAGCUGAAUGAAUUGAAUUACACUGACUCAGUGAUUGAACUGAAUUACAGGUGAGCACCAGGCAAAUAUAAUGCAAAUAAAAUGUACUAGAGUCCACUCUGUUGCUGUUUUGUGUGCAUUGGCAGGAUGAAACAAGAAGAGCCAUGAGUUGUAACUAGUACUUUAAAGGUAAGGAUUAAAAAGGAAUUUUCUUAGAAUUGAAAUUAAGUAAGAUGACUGGUGUCGAGUAUGGGAUUCGUUUGAGCAUCUUAACAUCUUCUUUGCAUGUUCUGGUCACCUCUCGAAAAGGUGGUAGGCUAUGCUAAAUAGCUGCUAGGUGUAGAUAUGUGUGUACAUGGUGCUUUGUAAUGGUCUGGUGUGGUUAUUGUAUGUGUUCCUGCCUCACACACAGCAUCACGUAUGUUUCUGGGUUACACAGUUUGUGCAGUCUGUUUUUUCCAUCGAUAGUUCAUGGCAAACUGUGAAUACCCUAAAUAAAUGUCAAAUAUUUCAAUCAACUUUUAAAUUUUAUGGCUACUACUAUAGUUUUUCAUAGUAUCUCAUUCAUGAAAUGGCUGACGUGUCAGACAUGAAUAGUCGGGUCAAUAAGGAUUGUCAGAUCAGCAGUUUUUCCUGGCCAAAUGAAAUCACUGUGGUUACAUAAGUGUUCGUUUUAAUAUGUGAUUGCUGUGUGCUGUGGUUUAGUGCCCUGAGGGGGUUGAAAUCAAUAGGCUGUAGAGGUCUACUUUAGCAUGGCUUUGCCAUUAGAGGGUAUCUACUGUUACAGAACAAAGUACGAGAUCAGCUGUCUUACGGGAUCCAGACACCCACUUUGGCGGUGCUGAUGACAUGCGAUCGACUCUGUGAAACUGGCUCAGUGCCAGAGGACAUGGGGGGUGGGGCUUGUUCCGAACGGCUAGUCACAGGCCACUUCAGUGUUCGAAUGACAGAGCAGUGCUAGAAUGAUAGAGUGCCUGAAAGGGAUGUCAAAAACUGGGACAAGAGCUUUUAGGAUAUGUCUGUUGGACAAUGUGUGGAAAGAGAGAGCGAGAGAGAGAGAGAGAGAGAGAAAGAGAGAGAGAGAGAGAGAGAGAGAGAGAGAGAUGUUAUGUUAACAGCAUACAUAUAACAAUACCUUGCAUAUUGUUCUAAACCUCUCUGUGUGUAGGAUUUAUUCAAUCUCUUUAUACACCGACCAGCCAAAAAAUGAUGGCCACCUGCGUAAUAUUGUGUUAGUCUCCCUUUUGCCUCCAAAACAGCCCUGACCCGUCCUGCACUGUGUAUUCUGACACCUUUCUAUCAGAACCAGCAUUAACUUCUUCAGCAGUUUGAGCAACAGUAGCUCGUCUGUUGGAUCGGAUCACACGGGCCAGCCUUCUCUCCCCACGUGCAUCAAUGUGCCUUGACCACUAAUGACCCUGUCACCGGUUCACCACUGUUCCUUCCUUGGACCACUUUUGAUAGAUACUGACCACUGCAGACCGGGAACACCCCACAAGAGCUGCAGUUUUGGAGAUGCUCUGAUCCAGUGGUCUAGCCAUCACAAUUUAGCCCUUCGUCAAACUCGCUCAAAUCCUUACGCUUGUCCAUUUUUCCUGCUUCUAACAUCAACUUUGAGGACAAAAUGUUCACUUGCUGCCUAAUAUAUCCCACCCACUAACAGGUGCCAUGAUGAGGAGAUUAUAUAUAUGUUAUUAUAUUUUACAUUUUUCCCCUUGAUGGCUUUAAUGUGUUGGUAGGAGACUUGCUUGGGCCUUUAAACAAAUAAAUUUGCUAAAUCGUGUUAACUGAAAGAAUCUACUAAUAUUGGAAGAGCAGAAUUCAAUGAAUUUAUGAAACAAAUACAUGAAAUAAAAUAAAUAAAACACAGUGAAUAAAAUUAAAUGAAAAAAAUCAAUUUCAUUACUUAAGAUCAAUCGGAUCACUUUUAGAGAUGC